AUGGACAGUUUCACUGAAUGCUUGAACAAGCUGAAGGAUGUCCACGACAAAGAAGUCCUUGGACUGCAGAACAAAUUGUUGGAGCUCAACACAGAGAAGUGCCGAGAUGCCCAGAGAAUUGAAGAACUAUUCGCCAAAAACCACCAACUUCGGGAACAACAGAAAGCCUUGAAGGAGAAUGUGAAGGUGUUAGAGAACAGGCUGAGAGCUGGACUCUGUGACCGAUGCAUGGUGACCCAGGAGCUGGCCAAAAAGAAACAACACGAAUAUGAGAAUUCUCAUCUCCAGAGUCUGCAGCACAUCUUUAUCCUCACCAAUGAAAUGAAUGGGUUAAAGGAAGAAAAUAAAGCCCUAAAGGAAGAGCUGAAGAGACUUCGAAGUCUUGAAGAUAGACCCAAGCACCACCGGGCUAUGUCCAGGGAAAGCAGCUCCAGUCCAGACUCACCAGUGCCCUUACUAUCCCCAGUGGGGCGGAAGCCUAGCACUGAGAAACCACCCCCAAGCCGAGAGACAGAAGAGGACUAUCGUCCCCACACUCCCCUGGGAGAAGAAAAGUCAACAGGAUACCAGACUUCUCCAAUCCCUAAAAUUCCUCCUGGCUCAAACCUGCAGGAGCAGCGAGUUCUGGACAUGAAUCCCCAGCGGAUCUCUAAUCAGCUGCAUGGGACCAUCGCUGUGGUCAGACCAGGCUCCCGGGCUUGCCUCUCUGAGAAGAGCUCUUCAGAGGCACCCACUCCACCCCCUCCGAGAAGCACCCCUCCAUCCCCACCCUAUGACCGAAAUCAUACCCUGGACAGCUACCUGAAAACGAACAAGGAGGACUCCCGGGAGGCUGCUUCUUCCUACGAAUCCCUGAAGUUGACAGCGCGCAGCGAGCACCUUUGUCUUCUCAACCGCCACCUGUCCCUGCAUCGCUUCGGCCUCCGGAGUCACUGCCCUUCGCCCACCGGGGCCCAGAGCUUUUCGCGUGGCGGGCUGAAGGGCGGGGAGGGCGAGGAAGUCCGAAGUCGGCUGCAGGAGGACUGGGAGGACCGCCAGGCCCUCUUGGACCUGCCCGGAGCCAUCGUGUACAUGCGCGACCAGAGACUGGAGGGCACGCUGCAGUUCCUGGAACAGAGAGAGAAGCUUCAGUACCUCCUGGCCCAGCAGCAGCUUCGCGGACUCCGAGUUCGGGUGGAGAGCACUAGAGACCGAGAUUCGGAGCCAGCGGAGCUCGAGGAGAAGCAGCCCUCUCCUCCUCAGCAGGCUGCAGACUCCGGGGGGAAAGAGACAAGGAGGGAAGAGAAGCAUCCGCCCAGGGAACCUUGCCCAGAGACAGUGAGACCUCUGCUUCUAGUGGGCAGUGACUGCUCAGAGCCAAGGGAGAAGGAGGAGAUGAUCCGGAAUUAUGCCCUAGACAAGCCUUUGGACCUCUCCGACUACGGCCGGUGUCGGGAAGCCCCUAGACUCCAGAGCUGGCUCAAAUCUCCUAGGUCCCCAGAGACUCGCAGUCCAAGUCCAAGGUUGGGCGAAAGACCUCCAGCACAGAAGAGCAAAGGGGUUCACCCACUUCUGGCUCCAGAGACCUUAAACAAAUUUCCAGCUUCCAACCCCCAAGAUGUACGUAGAGACGCAGAUCGAGUUUGCAGCCAGGAGAGAGAUGAGCCCCCUGCAACUCUGGAGCAAAUGCCUUCCCCACAAUGUCAUCAUCCCAGCAAGCUAGCUUCAGAUGAGGCUGAACAUGAACCAGGAAUCAGGCUGCGGUUGUCUCUCCGGAAACAAGAAGCAGAUGGACAACCAGAUACCAACCAUAUGGAGUCCACGAAGACAGAGUCUGAUGAGCUGGAUACCUCAGACAGUGAGGUGGCUCCUAAUUAUGACCCAGAAGCCAAGCAAGAAAUCCAGGGAGAAGACCUCAGGUAUUUUUGUGUGAAGGAUAAAAUACAGGGAUUGCCCAAGAAACGCAAACGUGAACAAGAUCCGUGGAGUAAAGUAGCCAAGAAGUCACCAAGAGGAAGGAGGAGACUGAAAGGGGUUUCUGCUCAGACUGAAGAAGAGGGAAGUCCAAAGGAAGAAGACAAUCCCAGUCCUACUUCAAGCAAUGGGACCUCAGAGGAGACAUCUAUGAGUGGGCCAUGA